AUGCCUAUACAAGUCUAUUCGUUCUAUAUCUUCGACCGCCAUACCGAGUGCGUAUACUCAAAGCUCUGGGUACCCCGGCCCUCAUCCAGUAUUGCCGGCCCGCUCCCAUCACGGCCCCAAUCGCAACAGCCGGCUCCGUCCCUCGCCGCCUCCGCCGCCGCAACAACCACCCUCACCACAACAACAGCAGCACCCUCCUCCGCUCCCCCAUCAACAACCACUCCUCCCGCAAAUGCCGCCGCCGCCGCCGCAGCCGCAGCCAUCACCCGGCGGAAGAAUGAGAACGACGCGAAGCUGAUCUUCGGCACCGUGUUUAGCCUGCGGAACAUGGUGCGCAAGCUAGGCGGCGAUGACGACGCCUUCAUCGCCUUCCGCACCGCCCACUACAAGCUGCACUACUACGAGACCCCCACCAACCUGCGCUUCGCCAUGCUCACCGAGCCCGGCGCCCUCAGCAUGCGCAACGUCCUACACCAAAUAUAUAUUAACCUCUGGGUUGAGUACGUCGUCAAGAACCCCCUCUCACCGGCCGAGCACAAAGGCGGCGACGGUGUGCGGAACGAGAUGUUCGAGAUGGGGCUAGAUAAGUUCAUUAGAGGUCUGAUGUGA